GUCACCCGCCUCGAAUUCCUCGCUCAAAUACCGUCAAAAAAAUACCACCCUACCCGCGAACCUCGAACGCGUUUCAAGCUGGUGUUUAUUCGUGACGAGAUCUAUUCAUGGGAGGCCUUGGACAUGAUUUACGACUAUUGUCUCACGAUGCCCCUCCAAGCCGUACGGAAGCUGGAGUUCCUCGUACCGGAGCUCGAAUUGAUUAUUCCAGACUACAUCAAUAUGUUUUCACCGAUGAGAGAUCUGGUAUUCCUCAGUAUCUCUGGCCCAUCAGCCAUCGAUCUUCCGCACGUCCUGAAAACGGACAUUGCAAGCCAGCGGAGUGCCACGCCAGAUCCCGACAGCAUUGACCCUUGGGGCGCGAUGUCUAUGGAGGGACCUAGGGAGUGGAUGUUCCCCAAGCUUAUUUCCCUGACAUUCUCCUCCUACAAUUUUCAGGAUGGAGAUGGCCCGAGCUUCGUUGGUGGUCUUCAACGGGCUUUGGAACAUAGGCGCUCGACCCUAGGACACAAGCCUUUGAAGCGGCUUACUUUCGACAACUGCUUCUUCGCGGACGAUGAGUGGGUUCCGAAGGUUAGCGAGUGUGUAGAAAAGCUAUCGUAUCCCGAGAAUUUCCUUGAUUCUGAGUACGGGGACGAAUUCACGGUGCUUGAGGAUUAUCAAGAAUCAGAGUAGGCUUUGGGUUACUGCGGGAGACUUGGAGGGUAGUACCAGACACCACUCGUUAUUAGUACAGCAAUCAGCGAACACGACUCGUCUCUUCAAUCCCGCCGCCAACCUCGUCUAGGAUGGAUGUUCGUGGUCUAUUUGAAUGCGAUAUUCUUGCUAUCUUGUUUUUCGCUUCUGCUUUCUUACAGAGCGUGAAGACUUGAGCGCUGAGCCUUAGUCCGGCCCAACUCGGUUCACACCUGAAUUUAAU